AUGUCCUUAUACAAAUCAAAGCCCGUUUUCUUGAUCCUCAUUCCUCUUCUCAUGCUGCACCGCAAUUUAAGGACUAGUUUCGAAUUCUCAGACUUUUCUAGUCCAUACAGAAACGAACUCUUCAUCUUCCAAGGUGAUGCCUCUGCAUCAUCCAACGGUUCCAUUCAACUCACGAAGAUCGAAAACGGUAAACCAAUCCCUAACAGUGUUGGUAGAGUCUCUUAUGGCCUACCAAUGCGCCUCUGGGACUUGAAAACCCAGAAGCUAGCAAGUUUCACCACUAGCUUCUCUUUUUUCGUGUCACCAAAUGGCGGAGACGGAAUCUCAUUCUUCAUGGCACCUUUUCAUUCUCCAAUCCCCAAAGAUUCACAAGGUGGAUACCUUGGUCUCUUCAAUCCCGACGCUUCACUAGCCCCCUUCAGAGAUCCUACGGUUGCUGUAGAAUUCGACACGUUUUCCAAUCCAUGGGAUCCUGCGUUUUCGCACAUCGGCAUUGAUGUGAACUCCAUUGUUUCCGUAACUAGUGUGCCAUGGCUGAAUGGGGUUGAGGGUUUGAACACUACAGUAUUUGCCACUGUAAGCUAUGAGGCAGUAACACAAAAUUUAAGCGUGGUUGUGAGUUACUACAGUGGAAGCGUUCUUGGUGGGACUACGGUGAACGCUUCACUGUCGCAUGUGAUUGAUUUGAGGAACGUUCUGCCGGAAAGGGUAAGCGUCGGAUUCUCCGGUGCCACGGGACAGUUUGUUGAAGUAAACAAUAUUCUUUCUUGGAGUUUCAGUUCUGCCUUCUAUUAG